AUGGCUGCCCAAUCGCGCCUCGCCCUCGCCUCUGAGCGCCUCGAGCCCAUCAUGGACGAGCUCAAGUCCCGUGCCAUGACCUUGGGUAUCAACGGCUACAUGGGCUAUCGUCGCAACUAUGCCCUCAUCCAACGCAUUCUCCAAGUCUCGUACUUUGCAUUUAUCAUCGGAUCGACAUAUCGUGGGUUAAACCCCAAGCCAAAGAAGAGGGCAACCCCGUCGAAAGCAGGGGAUGGCCUGCAGAAGAGUACGGGAAGUGGAGAAAAAGGGGAGCGAGGCGUAGAGAGGACGAAACAGGCUGUCAAUGAGGAUGCAGGGUCGGCGGACAUGUCCGCACCCAGUUCUGGUAGGGGCAAGCGCGGUGCAAAGGGACGAGGUCCACGCGUAGAGGUUGACGCAAAGUUCUUUGAGCAGCUGCGUCGGAUCAUGCGGAUUAUCAUUCCGUCAUGGACGAGUAAAGAAGCCAUGCUGCUUGCGGGGCAUAGUAUCUUCUUGGUACUGAGGACGAUGUUGAGCUUGUAUGUGGCGGAUCUGGAUGGCAGGAUCGUGAGCGCGCUGGUUAGGGCGCAGACGAGGAAGUUCUUGCUGGGGAUCCUCUGGUGGAUGACCGUCGCUCUCCCUGCGACGUACUGCAACGCCAUGAUCGAGUUCUUGCAAAGCAAGCUCGCCCUCUCAUAUCGCACUCGCCUCACCCAGCAAGUCCACGAAGCGUACCUCAGUGACGACACCUACUACCAGCUGGGCAACCUCGACGAUCGAAUCCGCAAUGCAGACCAAUUGAUCACGGUCGACAUCCAAAAGUUCAGCACGGCUCUCGCUGCCCUUUACUCGAACAUCGCCAAGCCCAUCCUCGACGUCUCCCUCUACAACUACCAGCUCUCCCGCAACGUAGGCGCCGAAGGCCUCAUCAUAAUCAACAUCCUCGUCCAAGGCUCCGCAGCACUCCUCCGAGCCGCCACCCCGCCCUUUGGCUCCUACGCCGCGACGGCACAAAAGCUCGAGGGAGAGUUCAGGUGGGCGCACAGCAGAUUGAUUGAGAAUAAUGAGGAGGUGGCACUCUACAGGGGCCAGCAGAGCGAAAAGAAUGCCAUUGAGCGCUCCUACUUCAGCCUCAUCAAGCAUAUCAACCGGAUUUCCAAGAUUCGCAUUGGACACGGCAUGGUCGAGGAGGGCAUCAUCAAGUGGUUGUGGGGCUCCCUCGGCCUAGUCAUCUGCUCCAUCCCCGUCUUCGUCAAGCUACCCGGCAUGGGCGGACGCGGCAGCGAUAUGGGUUCGCGCACAGAGGCGUUUGUCACCAACAGGCGUCUCCUCCUCUCAGCGUCGGACGCCUUCGGUCGUAUCGUCUCCUCGUACAAGGAGCUGAGCGAGAUGGCCGGGUACACUGCGCGCGUAUCCUCACUACUCGAUACAAUGGACGAAGUCAAGGCCUCGCGGUUCGAGAAGAAGCUCGUCUCCUCGGCGGGUACAGAGGAGAACGCUGCGGUCCUCCGUGGACGCGGUCGUGUCGAGGAGUCACCAAACAUCGUCUUUGAGGAGGUUCCGAUCGUCUCGCCAAACGGGGAUGUGCUUGUCCCCAAGAUGAGCUUCCAGGUCACACCCGGCGAGCAUCUCCUCAUCAUUGGGCCAAACGGGUGCGGCAAGAGUUCGCUCUUCCGCAUCUUGGGAGGGCUCUGGCCCGUCUAUGGUGGCGUCGUCAAGAAGCCCAAGGCGAACGAGUUCGCAUAUAUCCCGCAGAGGCCCUACCUCUCCCUUGGAACGCUCCGCGACCAGAUCAUCUACCCGCACACCGUCUCGAAGAUGCGCGCUCGCGGCGUAACAGACGAGGACCUGCUGCGACACAUGUCCAUCGUCUCCAUCGAGGGGCUGGUCGAGCGCGAAGGAGGCUGGGACGUACAGCGCGAGUGGCGUGACGCCCUCUCUGGCGGAGACAAGCAGCGAAUCGCUAUGGCUCGCCUCUUCUACCAUAAGCCGCGCUAUGCGAUUCUGGACGAGUCGACGAGUAGCGUAACAGGAGAGGUCGAAGAGAGGAUGUAUGAGCAUUGCACCGAGUUGGGGAUCACUUUGAUGAGUGUCUCACACCGUCCCUCGAUCCACAAGUACCACAAGAAGGUUCUCCAAUUCACGGGUGACGGUCGAUUCUCCUUCCGUGAUCUGGACUCGAAGGAGACGGAGAGGAGGCAAGCGUUGCAGGAGGAGAAGGAGGCUUUGGAGGAGAAGCUGGCCAAGCUGCCGCAGAUGAGGGAAAGACUAGAGGCUAUUGGGGUAUAG